AUAAAUUCUUCCGGGGCCGCAGUCCCGGGUCCCAGAGGUCCUUCAGUUAAAAGAUGGCGGCCUCCGCAGUUAGGAGUGCUACGGCGUUGCGUACGAAAAUUGGCCGGCCCAUUGCUUUUGUCAGAAAAAUUCCCUGGACCGCGGCUUCGAGUGAGCUGAGAGCACACUUUGCACAGUUUGGCCAUGUACAAAAGUGUACUGUACCUUUUGACAAAGAGACUGGCUUUCACAGAGGGAUGGGAUGGAUUGUGUUUUCUUCAGAAGAACAACUUCAGAAUGCACUACAACAGGAAAAUCAUAUUGUUGAUGGAGUGAAGCUUCAUGUUCAAGCUCAUAGACCCAAACUUUUGCAAGGGGAUCAAACAUCUGAUGAAGAGAACAAUUUUUGAGAAUAUUACUGCCUAUUAAAUGAGUUAAACAUAAA